UCAGCUGACAGGGCUGUCACGAGGCCUGCUCCCCGGCGCCUCCGUCCUUAAUCAGCCCAGGAAGGCGCAAGGGGAGUAUAAACAGGGCGAGCAGCUUUGCAAGCGCCGCACCGGACCCAGCCUGCCUCUCCUCCUCCCGGGCCGCCAUGGGGUUUCUCCGCUCCUCUCCGCUGCUGCUGCUCCUGGCCGUGGCCGCCGCCUGUUCGGCGCUGAUCAGAAUCCCAUUGAAGAAGGUCCCUUCCGUGCGGAGUAUCUAUUCUGAAUAUGGGACUAAUAUCCAAGACCUGACUGAGUACCUAGAAAUGCUGAAAUACAAAUAUGGGGGUGCAGGUGCAAGUACGCCUACCCCAGAGAUGUUGAAGAACUACAUGGAUGCACAGUAUUAUGGGGAAAUUGGCAUUGGAACACCUGCACAGACGUUUACUGUAGUCUUUGAUACUGGGUCAUCCAAUCUCUGGGUGCCCUCUGUUCACUGUCACUUGCUGGAUAUUGCUUGCAUGCUGCAUCGCAAAUACGAUUCUUCCAAAUCCAGCACAUAUGAGAAAAAUGGUACAAAGUUUGCCAUCCAUUAUGGUACUGGGAGCCUCUCAGGAUAUCUCAGCCAAGAUACUGUAAUGAUCGGUGACAUGGUUGUCAAGAAGCAAUUAUUUGGUGAAGCUACCUCGGAGCCUGGCAUCACAUUCACGGCUGCUAAGUUUGAUGGCAUCCUUGGCUUGGCAUUUCCCAAGAUCUCUGUGAAAAACGUUACUCCUUUCUUUGAUAAUGUAAUGGAACAACAGCUAUUGCCUAGGAACUUAUUUUCAUUUUAUCUAAACAGGGAUCCAACAUCAACACCUGGAGGGGAACUGCUUUUUGGAGGAACAGAUCCAAAAUAUUACACUGGAGACUUCAACUGGGUGAAUGUCACUCGCAAAGCAUAUUGGCAGGUCCAUAUGGAUAAGAUUAAAGUUCCCAGUGGCCUGACAGUGUGCAAAGAUGGCUGUGAAGCUAUUGUUGACACUGGGACCUCUCUCAUUACUGGACCAGUAGAGGAAGUCAAACAGCUGCAAAAAGCCAUUGGAGCAAAGCCAAUCAUUAAAGGACAGUAUAUUCUUCCCUGUGAAAAACUUGCCACCCUUCCCACUGUGUCCUUUGUCCUAGGAGGGAAAUCUUAUGAUCUUACUGCAGAUCAGUAUGCCUUGAAAGUUACUGUGCAAGGAGAAACACUAUGCUUGAGUGGAUUUUCAGGCUUAGAUAUCCCACCACCUGGAGGGCCUCUUUGGAUCCUGGGUGAUGUCUUCGUGGGCCCUUACUACACAGCAUUUGAUAGGGAUAAUGAUGCAGUUGGUUUUGCAAAAUGUUCUGGGAAAGUGUAAAAGCAGCUGGUCACACCUCCCAUAGUUUCUCUACACAAAGCACUUGUAAACACACUGGGAGUUUCUAUUGUGAUUUAUUGGCAUUAGAAAAAAAUCAGAAAUGUAAAGGAAAGGCCACCUUUUAAAAUAUUAAUGAAAAGGACAAUAGAUUUUAUUUUUAAUAAUGGGAAAACACCUACUUUUCCAGGCAUUUGCCUAUCCCCCUACAUAAGAGGCUAUAGAAAAUGAUUACUAAAAUCAUUACAGUUGAAGAGCCUCAGCAUUGCACAUACUCUUCUAACAUCAAGCUACUUGAAACACUAGCUAUUUGUGUACUUUCUGAGCGUAAAUGCUAUAGAUGCUUAAUUCAGGGUAAUAAAAUUUUGUAUUCUCUUCCUACUCCCACCCUAAGAGAGAACCCUUUAUAAAUGCUUCUGAAUACAGAGUCUUAACAAUUUUCCUCCAUUAAAAACAAAAACACAAAAAUCAAGCAAGCCAGUAAUGUAGCAAAUUGAGUCUUCCACAGGUGAUCAGGAAAUGCUAGAUAGUUGGAAGGUUACUACUGAAUUCUACAUUUGUUUGAUCCCCUGUUUGCACUGUUGAAGAUUAGAAGAUGGGUUGGCUGUAUUUCUCAUAUCCUAUGAGGGGUGGUGUGUGGCAAAAUUUGCCUGAUUUGCCAGUUUUUUAAACCAAGCAUCAAUUGAAGUGGAUAGGUUUCAGAUAAUAGAGAAUCCAUAGGAAAAAAUAUUCAUGUGGGGAGUUAGUUCCAUAACGUAUGAUUUGGUACUCAGCUCUUUUUUUUAAAAAAAAAAAUGUUGGCACUUUGGCCUGAGCAACUCCAUUCAAGGAUUGAUUCACCAGUGUCUUGCAAACUUUCUCCUUAGUUUCACAACUUGUAUGUCCCAGUUUUUUCUGGUGGGUAGAUGGGUAUAAAGAAAAGAGCCCUUGGUGUGGCUUUCCCUCACUUCUUCAAAACCACAAUGUAUUUCAAGCAAGGGUUUCUGUGAGCCCUUGUAGCUAAAUGUGGAUUUGAAGAAGCAUCUAAAACAUUUUUUUCUUUCAAAUUCACAACUUAAGUCACAUCAUCAGUUCAGUAACCCUUCCUCCUGGUAUUGUUUCUGUUGUAAAGAAGAUAAAUAUUAUAGGUAGGUCUGUUAAAACACACUCUGCUCUGAGAAGUUUAGUCUUAAGAAUGAUGUUAUCUGAACAGCUCUCCACAUGCAAGCUUUUGUUGUUAGAUUUCUACAGCAAAUGUUUCAGAGAUGAAUAAUUUCUGUAUUGGAUUUAGACUCCAGUUUUGGGCUGGCUAUGAAGUAGCUUUUCAGAGAAGGGAGGGAGGUUAGAUAGAUAUUAAGUUAAACAGAAUUUUAUUAAUAUUCACUUGAUGGAUGAAACUUUUCAGCCUCUCCUAGUUUAUUCUGCAACAUCCCAUGAUACUUGGAUCCAGACCCAAGGUUGUGACAGCAUGAUCACAGAGAGAGGAAAACCCUGGAGAUUAAAAGAACAUGGGGGUGUUUGAUGUAAAGCCAAAAGCAGUUAAAUAAAUAUACUCUUUGCAACCAGAUCAAAAUCUUGCACUUGCACAAUACAGUAGAAAAUCGUGUGAAUGCAAGGAAGCAGCAGAUACUAGAAAUGUUAGCAUUUCUUUAUGGCUCCUGUUAACUGUACUAAAUACUUUUCUUAUCUGCUGGAUAAACUAUUUUUGAUCUCGAUAAACAAUUAGGAUGCCUUGAAUUCUACAGAAAAAGUAGAUGGGAUGCCUGUCAGGAUCCCUUCAGUUCUGUGAAUAUCUGGUUAGGUUUGUCAGAAAGGUUCCGCUGUUCAAAUGAUAGUGUGCUUAUAAACAUGUGUAAGGACAGAUAUUUCUUAGACUGAGAGAUAUCAUAAAAUAUAUCAUGUUGUGAAUUAUUCUGAGAUGUACUGGAAUUUGCCUCUCUAAAUUCUGCUUAGUUCUCUCUUCUUAUACUCUUCAGGCCUGAAUUUCUAAACAGCUUUUCAUUUCAAGAUACCAAAUACAAAUAAAUAAUCAGAGCCUUUAGUUUACACCAAGUGCCCAAGGUUCUAUAAGAGAAAAGGUGUAUAACAAUUACCUUUAAAAGUUCUGCAGGAGUCCGUUGAACAUGUUCAUUUGUUUUUUCUCAAACAGAUUUUCUCCUGAACACCAUUAAAAUGCCAUUUAAAAGUAUCUUCUUAGUACUGGAUUGAUAAAGGAGGAGAGUAGGUUUACCGCAAAUUUUUGGAAGGCUUCUCUUACGUAAUAGUAUCAGUUUAUUUUGAAUGGAAAUCAGGCUGCUAGGUCAAUAGUUUGCCACUAUUCCCCUGUUUUACUUGCUUUUCAUAAAUAAGUGGAAUGCUGUCACUUUCUCCUGUUGGAGAAAUACAAUCUGCUGUUAUAUCUUUACUCAAUUUGUCAUAAAAAUGAAAUAAACAUUUUGUUCCCCACCA